GGUAAGCUUAGAAGAAAACUAGUAAACGUGAAAAUAUGGAGAGAAUAACUCCACUUGUAUUACUUGUUAGCCUACUUAUCAUUUCUGCCUCAGUUGUGAAUCAGACUAGAGCAGAUAUAUGCGUCGAUGGACUAGGCACUUGCGAAAACUGCGACCAGAGAUGCAAGUCCAAACACGGGCCAUCAGGCCACGGAGACUGUGAUGACCGCUCUACUGGGGUGCCUAUGUGCAGGUGCCACUACCAAUGUGAACCACCCUCGCUGACGUCGACUCCACUCAAUACUUGCAAUGGUGGGGCCGGUUUAUGUAGUGUAAAUUGUCCCCAAAAAUGUUGCGAUAUUAACUGUGCACUUAAGUUUAUAGGUGGAAGUGGGAUGUGUUUAACCCUCGGUAAUACUAGCGUUUGCCAGUGCAAGUAUCCUUGUUAAAGCUGGCUGACAAAAUUGUAAACCAACUAUUUUAUA